UUUGGGCCCAAGGAAAGAAAGUCGUCGCCAUCGUCCUCUCCGCAGCAGCAGCAGCAGCAGCCACAACCAACCAACCCUAUCCAUCUCUCUCUCUCUUUCUCACUCCUCACCUGCGGCCGCCGGAUGGAGACCUCCCUGCGGCUGCGCGGCGCCGACAGCACCUCCGGGCAGCAGCUGGGCCUCCGCAUCCACGCCAAGCAGAAGCUGCCCCUCGCAUACAACGCGCUCCUCCAGGCUCACGCGGAGAUCGACACCGCCACCCGGAAGCCCAGCCUCCUCGCCAUCCUCGCAAGGCACUUCUUCCCACAGCUGUCGGCCAACGUCGGGGCGGGGGUGCAGCUGGAGAGGGGCAACAUCUUCAGGUACACCCUCCGGGCCAAGAAGGCCGUCUCAUUCACCGACGACGGCCUCCUCGGCCUCAACAUCAAGGGACGCCUCCUCGCAGACAAGAACUUCAAGCCGAGGAGGAAGAGCGGCGCCGUCGAGCUCGCCUGGACCAUACUCGACUUCAGAAGGGGCCAGGACGUCAGGAUCAAGGCCGGAUACGAGCUCUACCGAAAGAUGCCUUAUUUCCAGCUGAGGGAGAACAACUGGACCCUUAAUGGUUACAUGGAUGGAAAAUGGGAUGUCAGAUUCGAUAUGUGAUCGGCUAGGAACCCGUUUGUGGAGGAGAGACUUCUCUGGCAAUCAGUUAGCGCUCUAGUUGUGUUGUUUCUCCUUUAGAGGCCACCAUUUCAUUUCAUUUCAUUGUAUUGCUCCGGAAAGAUGCCAUUCACCAGGCAGCAAGCACCAGUUUUAUGGAGAAAAAAGCCGUAUGUAGACGUAGAAACUUAGACAUUUCAUUGAUGGGGUUGAGUCUGGAAAUUCAGGAUUCAGUUGUGUCUUUAUUUGGUUGGAUGAAGGCACAUGAAUGCGAAUAAGAAGAAUGUACAAGGUGAAGUGCAUGUAAGAACAAAACAAAUUAUAAACUUGAGUGUUUAGUCCAGGAAACAGUUUCCCGA